CAAGCCGCACACGAUAAUGAACUUUACAGGGACAAGGUGGUAAAACCAGUUCUGUAAAACCAUGACAGAAUCUUCAAUAGCAGCAGCGGCCGACUGAGUGAGUGAGUGAGUUGAGCCAGCACGCUCCCCCGAACGGUUACCCUCGCUACUCUGUACUUCCCAAAUUCGGCCGAACUCCUCAUCAGACUGUCACCUUCUUUACGCUGAUUUUCCUUCUUGUCAACGCCAACUAACUAUCCAUUUCGCAUCGCCGUCUCCGUAUCCAUCGCCGUCGCCAUCGCCAUCGCCCUCAAUUUCUGGGUUCUGAUGAUGAUCCCGGAAACGGAGAGGAACAAAGCAAAACAAAAAAGACCAUUGCAACAUGGGCCGGGUUUAGGGAGGCCGCCCAAAGUGAGGUUACGCACUCUGUUCCGAGUGGCGUCGGUAGCAUGUGGAAUUCAAUUCGGAUGGGCUCUUCAGUUGUCCCUUUUAACCCCUUAUGUCCAGGAACUGGGCGUCCCGCACGCAUGGUCCAGUAUUAUUUGGCUCUGCGGCCCUCUAUCAGGACUUCUGGUUCAGCCCUUAGUGGGUCUUAUGAGCGAUCGCUGCACCAGCAAGCUUGGACGCCGCCGCCCCUUCAUCAUCGGCGGUGCCACCUCCAUAGUUGUUUCUGUUCUCAUUAUCGGCUUUUCUGCGGACAUUGGAUGGGUGCUUGGGGAUAGGGGUGACAAGAAAAUUCGUGCAGUGGUGGCCUAUGUCUUUGGGUUCUGGCUUCUUGAUGUGGCUAAUAAUAUGACUCAGGGCCCCUGUCGUGCUCUGCUCGCUGAUCUCACUGGAAAGGAUCACAGGAGAAAUCGAGUAGCAAAUGCGUACUUUUCCCUAUAUAUGGCUGUUGGUAACGUCCUUGGAUAUGCCACUGGAUCUUUCAGCAACUGGUUCAAGAUUUUUCCCUUCACCCUCACUCCUGCCUGCAGUGUUAACUGUGCUAAUCUCAAGUCUGCAUUCGUUCUUGACAUUAUUUUCAUUGUCAUCACUACAUGUAUAAGCUUGACUGCAGCGCAUGAGCAGUCCUUAAAUGCAAUCAACAAUUCCCCUAAUUUUGGUGAAGGAGGAUCCCAGAAUUCUUCUCAAGAGAAUGAAGCUUUUUUAUGGGAGUUGUUUGGAACUUUUAGGUAUCUACCAGGUACUGUUUGGACGAUCCUGGUUGUAACUUCUCUGACUUGGAUUGGCUGGUUUCCAUUUACUCUUUACGAUACAGACUGGAUGGGUCGUGAAAUAUAUGGUGGCGAGCCAAAUGAAGGGUCUAAUUAUAGCAUUGGAGUCAGAAUGGGUUCACUGGGUCUAAUGUUGAACUCAGUGAUGCUUGGGAUUACUUCACUAUUUAUGGAGAAGCUCUGUCGCAAGUGGGGGGCUGGUUUUAUAUGGGGACUUUCGAAUAUUCUCAUGACUUUAUGCUUUAUAGCAAUGCUUAUAGUUACUGCGAUCAGGAGUAAUAUGAACACUGUUAACAAUCUUCCUCCAAAUGGUGUUGUC